AUGCCCUCAUGCCGAGCCUCGUGUGUUGUAUCCCAACUAUAGCGGCUUAUACACAACAAAAACUAUCCAAAAGCCGCAGCAGGCUAAGACAUGAGGAGAUUAUACUCAAGACGCGUCGCACUGAAGUAUUUCAUCUGAUGUUUAUUACUUUGUUUCACCAGCAGAAAGAAUACACGCCAAUCACUUACAUUGAUAGAUGCCUUUCAUCAGUCAAGAGAGGAUCAACAGCGCAUAAAACUUCGUAGUGACGUUAGUGACAAUAAUUACUCCAGUGACAGUGACGGUGACGAUGACGGUCAAAAGAAAGUUUGUUCCCCAUGCUCACCCUGCAGCCAUGCUCCAAACAACCCGCCGAGCCCCACAGGUCAACAGACACACGCCAAUAUACACACCACACCCCCUUACGGUGUCGUAGAUACAAAUGACGUCACACCACACACGCACAUACAAACAAUGUAGAAGGAAAGAAGAAAUAAUACAAAAGAAUAAUCAAACCCAAUGUAUGGCUCCUACAUUCCGGCCCCAAAUAUUUCAUAGUAGACAGUUUACGAUAGAUAACACAUUUACUCAGAACCCUUCUGAUGGCAACACAGGCACCGGGAAUCCUACUUCUGACGCAAGUGAGAAAGCAUGUGGUUUCGUCCACCAUGGCCUGUUUCUUGAUGUACAUGAGCAAGGAUAAGAUUAGAAACGUGUUGAUCUUUAGCCAGUAUAACUGGAUGUUUCGCUUCAAGUGGCACUGCUGCUCUACUGAGCCGUCCUCCAACCCUAAUGAGAUCACCAUCCAGGAUCGGGUUGAGCUUGUAAAGAUGACUUGUCCUUCUUACACACUCUCCUUUCUUCAAAUGGGACAGUUCCUCCGAAAACUUCCUUUUGUCAGAAACGGACAAUAUUUAACUCUGCCAUGACCAUAUCUUCCACGGAUAAAACCUCUUUUGGUACUUGAGACUUAAUACCUUCCAUCUGAACCUGUAUCUUUUUAUCCAGCUGAUCAAUACUUAGAUCUGUCUUAGAAAGGUCUUCUCUCACCAGCUUUCGAUGUUGCACCAAGGAUAGGAGCAAGGUCUUAAACCUAAGAAGCCAACCAACAGCCCUCUUAAGACGGAACUAGGAGGAAAGGUAAAAAAUGAGCUUCUGCACAGGACUAACCUGCUCAACUUGAGCAGCGUUCACCACCACGGCCUUGACCUCUGGGUCUCCAAAGAGAGAGCUUUCCAAGGUCUCAGGAUUUUUGGGCCACCUGUACUUGGGCUCACGAAGAAAAUCAGGACCACAGAGCCAUGCAUCAGUCUUUAAAAAUGACUGAACACUCAUACCUCUGGAAGCUAGAGCCGGGUUUGUUUGCUGUAUUCACGUACCUCCACUGUGAUGCGUUAAAUGUUUUCAAUAUUUCAGACACUCUGUUUGCUAUGAAGAUCUUAAACCUAGAUGUCUAAUUUUUUAUGUAUUUCAAAACAGAAGUGCUGUCCGUCCAAAAGACCGACUCUUCAAGGUCCAUAUGCAGCUCUUUCCUCCACAAGUUGUCCAUCCUGCUAGCCACCACCACGGCAGUCAGCUCCAUACGGGGAAUGGUGACAAGUUUUAAAGGAGCUACUCGUGCCUUUCCCAUUACAAACGCACGGAGAAUGGACAGCCAAGAGGGUCGUGAAUCGAACUAGUCACGGACAAGAUUCCCCUUCUUGGGCAAACUCCAAAGCCCCUGGCCUGCCAAUGGUCAAACCCUGAUAUGGACAGUAUGGACGGUAAUUUUGACGGCUCCCUCAUCCAGGCCCCCAUGAUUCAGGUCCCGGGACCGGAUGGGCAUCGUGGUGUCAUGUUCCGACCCUGGACAGCGACUAAUAUUCAACAGGCAGCCUCUCACCUGCCUGACAUCAAAAACGGUGCAGCCUUUGGAAAAGAGUUCCUGGCCUUCUGUAAAGAAUUCAUGCCCACCGGACCCAAGAUCCAUCGUCUUCUGGUCAAACAUGUGGGCCCGAGUGCUUUCAGUAAAAUCAGAGCGGUGGUCACUGGUCAGGGCUCUGACUCCCGCCACGAGGCACCCGACUGGGAUCAUGCAGAUAACGUCGCCUACAGAGCAUUUGUCACCGCAGUAUGUGCAGCUGUUGUUACAGCUUUUCCGGCAACAGUAAACAUGGCCCUCAUCAACAGCACAAAACAAGGUAGGACCGAAGAUGUAACGUCUUACUAUCAGCGUCUUGUGGCUGCUUUUCAGAUUCACAGCGGCCUCGAGGAGCCCACAGACAUAACCAACAUGACUGUGUGGGAAACUCAUCUCAAGAACGCCUUCAUGAACGGGCUUCUGCCAGACGUCAAAACUGCCACUGAACACUCUGUCGUGGGUCUGGAAGAUGCAAGGCUCACAGAAGUGGUAAAACAUGCACAACACAACUAUAAAAUGCAUGUGGAAAAUCAAAUGUGUCAAGACAAACGCAGCAAGCAGACUGGGGAGAAAGCCCAGCUUGCGAUGCUCCAAGCCGUAAAACAGUUGACACUGGGUGCAGAAGGAGGACGAGACCCCCACCCAUCCGGAAAUUCUUAUGGGAGGGACCAACAGAGAGGACGAGCGUAUGGAAUAAAUCAUGGGAGAAGAGGGCGUUUUCAAGGAGGGGCCCCACGAGAAGUCCAACCCGAUGAAUGCUUCCUCUGUGGCAAAACAGGACAUUGGUACAAAGACUGCCCCUACCGUCCAAACCAGGUACGUCAGCCACAUGGACGACAGCGCCACUCCGGGACUGACAGAGGGGGUCAACAAUUUGGCACUUCAGACUGACGGUGCGAUGGGGAGGGAGAGCGCAUGAUGUGACGGAGGACCGACUGCUUCCUCUCCAAAACAGGGAAGUGAAACACACCACACACACACAAUGCUGCAACGAAGACCUGCUUCCUUGCACGCACACCCACAUACACACGCACACACAAUGCUGCAAUG